AUUCAUGAUGAACACGCUUAGGUAUUUGUCUAGUGGCAUUUUCGUCAUUUCCCCAAAAUUACUGACCUCCUCCUUACCCACCUCCGUAAAACCGUCGUCGAUCUCCGCCUUGGCAAGAGGAGAAACCGCCGGCCGACGUUUCUACUCUACCAUCGCCGCCGUCCGUACCGACUUGAAAGUGAAGUGCUUCUCUAACAUGGCGGCACCUGAUCAUAAGAAAAAUGUCGACGUCAAAGACGAUCGCAUUUCUCGUAUUUCAUCUUCCAUUCGCGUGAUCCCGGAUUUCCCUAAACCUGGGAUCAUGUUUCAAGAUAUUACGACGCUGUUGCUUGAUCCAGUGGCGUUUAAGGAUUCGAUUGAUUUGUUCAUCGAGAGAUACAAAGGGAAAGACAUCUCCGUUGUUGCUGGCGUUGAAGCAAGAGGAUUCAUAUUUGGUCCUCCCAUUGCAUUGGCCAUUGGUGCAAAAUUCGUUCCUAUGAGAAAACCUAACAAGUUACCCGGAGCUGUCAUAUCUGAAGAAUAUUCAUUGGAGUAUGGGACUGACAUAAUGGAGAUGCACGUUGGAGCUGUACAGGCGGGAGAACGUGUUCUUGUAAUUGAUGAUCUAAUCGCAACUGGGGGAACCUUGGUGGCUGCAAUAAAGCUGCUUGAAAGGGUUGGAGCAAGUAUAGUCGAGUGUGCUUGUGUUAUUGAAUUGCCUGAUCUGAAGGGUCGGGAUCGGUUAGGAGACAAACCACUAUUUGUUCUCGUAAGCUCAACUUGAUCUUCCAUUACUCUCUAAAAGCUUUAAUUGAUAAUGGACCGUAUAAUUUCGGGGGAUGAUAUUAAAGGCUUGAGAAGGAUACCUCUUCCAUUGUUGGCGUGUCCGAGCUAGUUACAGUAGGGAUUUCGUUAGGGCAAUCAUGUCGCUUUUGGUUGGUGGUUAAAAAUCGAGUUUCUACGUUCUUUAUGUCGUAAGUUCAAGUCUAUUCGAGACGUGGGUAAGUUUUUUCAAUGGUGGGUUUCACACUUUGAGUUGUGGGUUCAAUUUCGUAGUUUAAAGAUCUAUGUUGAAAUGAUUGUUAUAUUAGAUUUGAACCGUUUGAAAUGUAAGAUCCCUUGUGGAUUAUAAUUGAUUUCAUGGUCGUAAAAUCUUUCACAU